GUAAGGCGUGAGCCACAGCCCUCCUCCCAACAGCAACUCCUGCCCCAUCCUCCAAUCCCUAAUCUCAUCCACUUACACACUUACAUAUUCUCUAACAUGGUUCUCCUCGUCACCUCUGACAACGAGCAAUUCGUUGUUGAGAAAGAAGUCGCUGAGCGCAGCGUCCUCAUCAAGAACAUGCUCGAGGAUGUUGGUGAGAGUGACCAGCCCAUUCCUCUGCCAAACGUCUCGUCGAGUGUCCUGAAGAAGGUCCUCGAGUACUGCGAGCAUCAUAAGGGCGAGCCUCUGCCUGCAGCUGACUCUGAGCAAAACCAGGAUGACUCAAGAAAACGAACGACCGAUAUCAGCGAGUGGGACCAGAAGUUCAUCACCGUCGAUCAGGAGAUGCUCUUUGAGAUCAUCCUUGCCGCUAAUUACCUCGACAUCAAGCCUCUACUCGAUGUUGGUUGCAAGACUGUCGCUAACAUGAUCAAGGGCAAGACGCCCGAGGAGAUCCGUAAGCUCUUCAACAUCGUCAAUGACUUCACUCCCGAAGAGGAGGCGCAAAUCAAGAAGGAGAACGAAUGGGCCGAGGAUCGUUAAUCGCUCUGUAUUUGCUAUCUGCUGUGUUGUUUGUAUGUUCUUCACUCCUCAUUCUUUUCGUUCGGCGUUGCGGUUGUCCAAUUACAAAACGACUUUUGCCCUUUUAUGUAUUCAUACUCGAGAUCUCCAUGAAAACAUCCUAUAGCCUAAGUUGUGCUAAUAGUCUUGUGAUAUAAACCCACCCCACCUGC